AUGCUCCAACUUCUGAAGAACUUGAGAUCUCACUCGCAAGGUAAAGAAAUUACAGAUGCCGAUAUUCUAUACUGGGCGAAUAGGAAAGUGAAACGAGUGGGACGAACUUCUCAGGCUGAGAGCUUUAGGGACAAGAAUCUGUCAAGUGGAAUCUUCUUUCUGGAGCUUCUGACUGCGGUAGAGCCAAGAGUUGUCAACUGGAGCCUUGUUACCAGUGGAGAAACAGAUGAGGAUAAGAAGUUGAACGCCACGUACAUAAUCAGUGUUGCAAGGAAGCUCGGAUGCUCCAUAUUCUUGUUGCCUGAGGAUAUCAUAGAGGUGAACCAGAAGAUGAUGCUUAUUCUGGCUGCUAGCAUCAUGUACUGGAGUCUCCAGCAACAAUCAGAUACAGAGUCGAAUGCCUCAGAAGAUGCUACUGACGAAGAUACAGCAAACUCUGUUACAGAUGAAAUCUCCAACUUGUCCCUUGAUGAGGCUUCCGAGUCCUCUCCGAUUGCCCAAGAUCAAGAAUUAUUGACAAAGGCAGACGAGGAUAAGGAUGAGGUUGAAGUUGAUGGUGAUGGUGAUAGUGAUGGUGAGAAUAAUAAUGAUGCUUAA